AUGGUUGUGAACGUUGAGCGCGACAGCUGUGGAACGCUCUCAUUCGCCAAAGACUCGUUGCAUUUGCAGAACCUCGCCAUGAAUCAGCAGCAGAACUCGCGGUCCGAGUCCUCGCCCUCGUCCAGCCACUCGAACGAGAUGAGCGGCGAUGCCGAGGGCGUGUGGUCGCCGGACAUUGACCAGGCCUUCCACGAAGCCCUGCAGAUCUAUCCGCCCUGCGGUCGGCGGAAGAUCAUCCUCAGCGAGGAGGGGAAGAUGUACGGGCGAAAUGAGCUGAUCGCAAGAUACAUUAAAAUACGAUGUGGCAAGACAAGGACGCGGAAACAGGUUUCAAGUCAUAUUCAAGUGUUGGCAAGGAAGAAACAUCGGGAAUUGCAGAGCAAAGUCAAGGUAUUCUUUUGUGAUUUUUAUCAAAAAUUGUCCCGCGCAACCGACGGUUUCCCAAAAACAUUUCUGCUAUCUUUCUGUUCGUAUUCUUCUCUUCGAGGACCCAGUUGAUCGUCGAACUCGGAUUAUAAUUCAAUUUUUUGUAAAAAUAUAGAUUGUGGGUUUUCCAUUGAUUGUAAUUGUGGUUACGAAACGCUGGAAAUGGUGUUAUUUCGAGUGGGGAUUAGGGGUUUUUCACGACAGGGAAAUCUCUCUCGAGAACUGGGCUUCUUAACUGGUCCGGGCCGCGAAUACAGUACAGUUCUGGGAAUUCGAGUCCUGACUUGACCCGUUUCUCUGAUAUGUAAACGGAUUAUGCCCUGAUUCCGAUGUAUGGCCCGCUAAAUUCUCCUCUUCGCACAAAUGCCUGGUGCUAUAUAGCGAUGAGAGUAACGUUAGUUUCAUUCCAGACGCAAGAAGUCAAAACCGAGGAUCUCUCGAACCCGCCGCCCUCCGAAUUCACCCCGCCAUCCCUGCUCACGCACACCCCCCUCACCACAACCGCAAUCUCAACGCCCUCGAUGCAGAUGGCGUCCCAGAACCUGCUCCACAAGUCCAUGGUGGACCACGCCAAGGUGCAGGCGUUGGCCGAGGCCGCUGUCGCGGCGGUGGCGGCGUCGGCGGCGAACAACUCCACCCUGCCCAUCUCCACGAACACCUCGCCCGAUGCGGGUGCGCUGGCCGCAUCCACAGGUCUGCCUUGGCAGUACAUGGUGCCGGGGAUGUUCAACAACAACUUUUACGGAAAUGUCUCGAUGUAAGUUCCGUUUCGAACGUAUUCGCCCACUUCUUCGAAUUCUUUGCCUACAGGGGAUUUCGGAAUCUUUGAAACCCCGUAUUUCCCAAAUUCCAACCGGUAGCCAAGUAUGUGAGGUAUGCGAGUUUAUACGGAAAAUGCCCGGAAGGCCGUUAAUCCCCUUUCCUGUUUAUGGACUCGAAUUCCAGUUGCUUGUUAGUCAUACCCGCAGGGGAUUAGCAGCUGCGGUUAUUGAGCAUUGGUCAAGGGCUUUGUCUUUUUGUCUUUUUUUUUGUGCCUUUGUCUGCAAGGGUUAAGCGAUUCCGAAAAUCGCCAGCACAGAUACAAUAAAAACUAUUUCGGGGGAGUUAUGCAAUCUUUUUGUUGGGAAACAUUGUAUUAUUAAUCUUUGUGGCAGAAUAUUACAAAACACACCUUUUUUCAUAUCUCAAAUUUACAAAAUAAUUUUUUCGUAUUUUAGGAAUAACGACGAGAAUCUUUACACGCAAUUUGCGGCCGCCGCGCUCUCCGCUCAACAACAAAUGAACACCGCGUUCGGCGGCCAAUCCAACGGCAACGCCAACGGCGCUGCGUCCUUGAUUGGGGCGAUGCCCGUCCUCAACAAACUCCUUCCCCAACUCCCGCUGAACGCGGGCCCCUCAUCGCUGCUCGGCGGAUCUCCCCCAUUCCCCGCGAACCCCGAGGUCCCCACGCUGUCGAUCAAGUCGAGCAAACUGAGUUUGGCCGGCUUCAGCGCCUACGUGGACAUGACUGUGAACGGGCAGAGGGAGCGGACGGAAAUGGUGAAGAUCCCCAAGUUCGCGGACGAGCCCCAGGAUCGGAUCUCGUUCGCCACAAUCGGCGGGAAAUAUCCCCCCAAACUGCAGGAGCUUUACAAUCAAGGCCCCAAGGACGCGUUCUUCCAUGUCAAGGUCUGGGCCAACAUUGAUUUCGAAACAAGCGAGGAGGGAAACCCGUUGUACGCGGUGGAUGAGAACUAUGAAAGCCCAUACGAAUUCCCCAUUAAUGUGUCCACAAAGCUGUGCUCGUUCGGAAAACAACAGGUCGAAAAAGUUGAGGUGAGCAAAAAUUUUUAAGGAUUUUAUUUUUUGAGUGAAAAAAAACCGAAUUUUUUAUUCGAUUUUUAAACUUCUCACAUUUUUUUCGACAUUCGAGACUUCAAAUCGUCUUUUUUUCUAAAAUUUUUGCAAAACACAAAAAUUUUACAAAUGCUUGGGGUUCAGCUCCUACUCCCCAGUGUAAGUAAACCACCACCUUCCAAACACCGGGCAUUCCAUUAGUCAGCUUCAGAAAAUUUCCCAACACGCAAAGUUUGACAUAUUUUUGUGAGGCCAGAAAUUUGAACCGAACGGAGUCUUGCGUGAUGUUUUCGGUUCAGUCACCGCUCUAAGGUUUUCGUAACUGUAAUUCCCAGAAAACGGAGGGGUUUUUUUAUUAAUUGGCAUUUAAUAAUCAAAUAAAAAAAUGAAAACAAAAAAUGUAACAAAAAUUUAAAAAAAAAAAAACUAAUUUUUCGCCUACUGUAGGCCGUAUUUUACAAAUCUAUUUUCGCCGCUUUACUGUAAAAUACAAAGGGUGCGGAGAAUGACGACAAUGAAUCAUUGCACAAUUAAAGGUUGUACAAUAUCCUCAGAAAUUUUCGGCCGAAGAACAAUUCCUUCUUUUGCUCACAACGUUUUUUUCAAAUUUUGUAGCUUGUUCGCUCUUUGGGUUUGUAGGUAGCGAUUUGGGAAAGGCAAAUAAUCGAUGGAGACAAUGUGUAUUCAGUUGUGGCGUUUUUUGAACACAUGGCUUAAUGAGAAUGGGCUGUGUGAACUUUAAAAAUUGCAUUUUCUCAAAGGAUAUGAAACAGAUCCCAAUGAAACUUGUCGCAGAUUCAGAUCAGCAUUUUUUGAGAAAAAUAAUCAGCGGUUUCUUUGAAAAAACGAAAAAAAUUGCAAAAAGUUUCUUCUCUGACCGUCUCUCAUCAUUUUGCAUAGUCUCUCGUCUGUUGAUGAAUAUCUCGGCUGUUUUUGUUAGAUACGGGCUAAAAUUUUCAAAGAUUAAAAAGUAUGAAACAAGCAAUAUUUUUAUGAGAAUUUACUAUUUUUUUAUUAUUUUUAACUAUCAAAAACCCCAAAAACUUUGAAAAAAACCCUUUUAGACCAUUCUAACCCACUCUUCUUCCAGGACGCAACCAACACCUCCGGCGAGGGCCCCGUGCACAAGUAUCAGCUGGAGGGCUCGCCCAUGUGCGACUAUAUGGUGCAAUUCAUCACCGAGCUGAAGAAGCUGCAGAACUACGAGCUGAUGAACUCGGUGCUGGACAACUUCACCGUCAUGCAGACGGUGACGGACAAGGCCAGCGGCGAGACCCUCAUGGUUAUUUGUUUUUCGUUUGAGAUUUCGCCCGAGCCCGAGCCGUCCUGUCGCAUCUACAAGAUUGUCGACUAA